GGGAGGGGAGAAGGAAGUCUGGCAAAGAGAGAGAAACCGGAGAAAGAGGGCAAUCCGGUCGGUGAGGCAGGAGAGGAAAGCAGGAGGAGGAGGAAGGAAGGAAAGAAAGAAAGAAAGAAAGAAAGAAAGAAAGAAAGAAGGGCGCCCUUUCUGUUCUCUCUCUCUCUGGCCUGCCCUCGCCGUCUCUCGCCCUGGGAGCCCCGGGGCUGGCUGGCGUCGGAGAGGAGGAGUCUCUUUCUGCGCCAAAGGAAGGAGGGAAGGAGGAGGAGGAGGAGGAAAAGGAGAGAAAGGCUUCCCUUCCCGGUGGUGAGGCCGCAGCAGCAGCAGCAGCGGCGGAGAGAGUCCGAAAGGCCCCAGCGCUGGCCUCCUCCUCACUCGCCCCCGAGGCUUCUCAAGGCAACGAGGAGGAGUCCCUGGCCUCUUGGCUGAGCCCCGCAUCCCUCUCCUUCCCCUAAGGACUUCCGAAAAUGGCUGGCGGUGGGCUCUGGUGACUCCAAGCGAGGAAGGGCUGCGGAAGGCAGAGCAACACAAAGCCCAGCGAAGGAGGCCAAGGCGAGGAGGAGGAGGAGGACUGAGGCACACAACAGCCACAACAACAACAACAGCCUCCUCGCACUCCUCUCUCUCCCAAGGCAAGGAGGAGGAGGAGGGGGGCCUCUUGGCUGAGCCCCCGGCAGCGGCCGCAUCCCCUUCCCCCAGAAAGACUUCCUAAACUGGCUGGAGGAGGGCCCUGGUGACUCCAGGCAAAGGCGCGGGGGAGGAGGCCUCCUCUUCCUGGCUGACCUCUCCUCCGGCGCUGUCCGCAUCCCUCUCUCCCCGUCAAGGCCUUCCCCAAAUGGCGGGGGGUGGGCUGCGGUGAGGCCGAGGGUGGGUCGUGGUCGGGCUCCGCCAUGAGCGCGCCUUUCCUGGCGGUGGAGGAGGCGCUGGAGGCGGACUGGGUGGCGGUGCGUCCGCAGGCCUUCCAGGAGCGGGAGCGGCCCAAGUUCGCCUUCAUCGUGGCCUGGAACGAGAUCGAGGGCAAGUUCGCCCUCACCUGCCACAACCGCACCGCCCAGAGGCAGCGCAGCGGCUCCAGGGAGCUCCGCAGGGGAAGCCCCCCGGCAGCGGCCCCCUCCAAGGCGCCUCUGCGCAAAGGCCCCCCGCCACCCCCGUCCUCUCCCUCGCAGGGCUCCCCGAGGAGCCAAGGCCCCGAAGCGGCCUCCCCGUCCCCUCGGAGCCCGGCCAAGGCCCCGCGGCCUCCUUGCAGCCCUGUGUCCGGCGCAGCGGAGGAGAUGGAGCUCCUGGAGCUGGCCAAAGGGGAGCCCUCCAGGGGCCCUUCCUCUUCCAAAGAAACGGAGCCGCCGCCGCCGCCUCCACCACUGCACCCUCCUCCUCCUCCAUCCUCCUCCUCCUCCCUUCCGCCGCCGGCUCCUGCUGCUUCUCCCUCCGGCGAGGAGUGCAGCUGGGCCGGGCUCUUCUCCUUCCAGGACCUGCGGGCCGUCCACCAGCAGCUCUGCUCGGUCAGCUCGGAGCUGGAGCCCUGCCUGCCGGCGCUCCCCGAGGAGCCUUCGGGGAUGUGGACGGUGCUCUUCGGCUCCCCGGAGCUCUCCCGGGCCGAGAUGGACGGCCUCUGCGCCCAGCUCCAGGUCUACCUGGGCCACUGCCUCGACACCUGCGGCUGGAAGAUCCUCUCCCAGGUCCUCUUCGCCGAGGCCGACGACCCCGAGGAGUACUACCAGAGCCUCAGCGAGCUCCGGCAGAAGGGCUACGAGGAGGUCCUCCUCCGGGCCCGGAGGCGCAUCCAGCAGCUCCUGGAAAAGCACAAGAAUACAGAAAGCAUGGUAGAACUGCUUGAAUUAUAUCAAAUGGAAGAUGAAGCUUACAGUAGUCUUGCUGAAGCCACCACAGAACUCUAUCAGUACUUGCUGCAGCCAUUCAGAGACAUGAGGGAACUUGCAAUGCUCAGGAGACAGCAAAUUAAGAUUUCCAUAGAAAAUGAUUACUUAGGACCCCGAAGAAUUGAAAGCCUCCAAAAAGAAGAUGCAGACUGGCAGCGGAAGGCCCAAAUGGCUGUACUUUCUAUACAAGAUCUUACUGUGAAGUACUUUGAAAUAACAGCAAAAGCACAGAAGGCUGUGUGUGAUCGAAUGCGAGCUGACCAGAAGAAGUUUGGUAAAGCAGCAUGGGCAGUAGCAGUGGAACGAAUGGAGAAACUCCAGUAUGCAGUUUCUAAGGAGACUUUGCAGUUGAUGCGAGCAAAAGAAAUUUGUUUAGAACAGAAGAAGCAUGCGUUGAAAGAAGAGAUGCAAAGCUUACAAGGUGGCACAGAAGCCAUAGCCCAUUUGGACCAGCUUGAAGCUGAUUAUUAUGAUCUGCAACUUCAGUUGUAUGAAGUGCAGUUUGAAAUUUUGAAGUGUGAAGAACUACUGCUGACAGCACAGCUUGAAAGCAUUAAAAGACUUAUUUCAGAGAAAAGAGAGGAAGUAGUGUAUUAUGAUACUUAUGAAAGUAUGGAAGCCAUGCUUGAAAAAGAAGAUAUGGCAGCAUCUAUACACUUGCAAAGAGAAGAGUUACAGAAAUUGCAACAGAAAGUCCGGCAGCUAGAAGCAAGGCGUGGGCGCAUUUCAGCCAAGAAAGCCUACCUCAGAAAUAAAAAGGAAAUCUGCAUUGCAAAACACAGCGAAAAAUUCCUGCAGCACUUUCAGAGUGAGGAAGAGUUGCAGCAUACUGCCAUGUCUAAGAGAGAGCGAUUGCAAGAUGAAGAAGAACGUAAAAGUUCAUGGGUUAGUCAAGAACGACAGAAAACACUGGACAGACUUCGGACAUUUAAACAGCGCUACCCUGGACAGGUAAUACUCAAAUCAACCAGACUUCGACUGGCCCAUGCAAGAAGAAAAAGUACAGCCUGUUCAACAUCAUAUGCAGAACACUCCCCGUCUUCACCAACAACUAUGCAGAUGGACAAGUUGGCACAAGAGAAAUUGAUCCAGCCUUUAGUAAUCCAGGAGCCUAAGAGUUUAGGACAACUUGAAGAUACUUUUUUACCUCCCUGUGGUCUUACCUCUGAACUUUCUCAAACGACUUCUCUUCCAACUCUCAUCAGUAAUGAUCUUCACCCUGAUGCAGUCCAGGAGGCACCACUUCCCCCUCCUCCUCUCCCACCCCCACCUCCUCCACCUCUGCCUAUCAAGGAGGAAUCUACUCAGUGUGCCGACAAAAGUACGAGCCCUAUUAAACAAGACAGCAUGGAGAAGCCAUCCCUGCUGACCACCAUUGCGCCAUCAGCUCAUUUCUUUGAUAGCAGCCAGUUAGUCAGUGCCAAGAAGAAGCUAAAGAAGACUGGUGAUCUAGAAGGGAUACAGAGGAGGAGAGUAAGUUCCCCAAUGGAUGAGGUAUUGGCCUCCUUGAAACGAGGUAGCUUCCAUUUGAGGAAAGUUGAACAGAGAAACCUCCCUCCUUUCCCUGAUGAAGAUGACAGCAAUAACAUCUUGGCGCAGAUACGAAAAGGUGUGAAACUGAAGAAGGUGCAAAAAGACAUUAUGAGAGAGUCAUUCACAAUUUUACCUGAUGACGACCCUUUGACCCGCAGCAUCCAUGAAGCUCUACGGCGAAUUAAGGAGGCAUCUCCAGAGUCUGAAGAUGAGGAGGAGAACCUGCCUUGCACAGACUGGGAAAAUUAAGGUCAAAGGAUUCCAUGAAACAGAUCCAAGGAUUCCACAGUGAUUACCUUUUCACCGCUGAAAAUUGAUCACCACCUUCAAUGCAGGAAAAGGCUUUCUCUGAUAAAGCAUUCUGAUAUUUGCAUUUAGAGCUGGGGUAACCUUUUGAAAUUCAUGAUAGAAGUUUCUGGUUGGACCAAAACCCAUCUUAUUUAAGUAUACAUUUUGCUUAACUUUGAGGACAGUGGACCUUUUCAGAUAUGUUCUGAUUCUUCAUUCACUUUCUACAUUUGUGUGAAGCAACAAUUCAGCAGCUAUGACAGCAAAGCUUCAUUCUAGUGUUACCAGGACAGGUAUGAAAUCUUGCCUUUGGUUCACUGAAGAUUUUGCCACUGAAAACCCAAAAUGCAACUUUCCCAUCCACUAAUUUAUCCAACUGAAGGAAUUCACUUAAAAUGCGUCAUUUCUUACCAUAUUUUCCAUACAGGAAGUGGUUUUCAGAGAGAAGAGGCAUUGGUUAAUUAUUCAUAGAAAAGAAUACAAAUUAAUUUGAAAAUGCGAACAUGUACAGAAUAACGGAAAGUACCCUAAGAGAGGAACACAUAAGAAUGUAUUUGUUUACAGUCUAGAACAUUUAAAACAGUAUAUAACAGAACCCUUUAGAAGGCCAUGUAUACUGUGUACAUCUUAUAUUUUUAAAUUAGAUUUCUCUGUGCUUUAUUAAUAGUAACAUUUUAAUUGCAGGGCUGGGUUAUAAUAAAAUUACAUAAAUUUUUAUUUAUAGAAGCAAUAUUUUGUAAUGAGAAUACUUAAAAUUAUUUUGUCUAUUAGUUUAAUUGUUCUUUGAUUACUCUAAGGAAACUUUAUUUAAGAAGAAUGAAAAACUGACAUAAGAUUUUGCUUUUAAGUUGGACAUUAAUGAUAUUUUUUCUGUUUUCAUUAUUCCUAGUCAUUGUUAGACAUAUUUGAAUUACAUAACACCCUGCUUAUUUGAAAAUAUGCUUCCUGUUAACCCUGGUUGUAUAAUGGUCUAAAAGAAGGCACUGCCUUCAGUAAAGUGAAUAUCUAAAGCAACGUAAUCCCAAACAGCAUGACUAAUAGCUGCAGGCAGCUCGUUUUAUAAUAACAAAAUACUGAACAUUAUUUCUACGUCAGGGCUAAUAUUGCCAUUAUUAAAACUCAUGAUGAAAAACUACUUGUAGGAGAAUCUUGAGCUUGGCCAGUUUCUUAUUUUAAAUACACUUUAAUGUAUACUUCGCUUGAGAAUCGAUUAUUCAUUAUAUGGGGAAGCAAUCUAUUUUAAAACAAUUUACUGUACUCAUUCACAGUUACAAGCCGCUUUCAUGAACUUUGUAUAUUAGAAAGAUCACAUAGAGUAAUCUGACAAGGUUAAACGUAUUGCCCUUUUCCUUUUUAAAAAUAGUUGGAGAACUGAGAAUACUGGUUGAUAUACAUUGCAUAACUUAGUCCUCCUGAAGCCCUGGGUCUGCAACAAUAACCACUUUAACCAAUAAUAAUAGCACUACCCAAUAUUUUCAUGGAGCACUGGCCAUACUUCUGGCAGGUGUAUGUUUUCUUAAGCUUAUUGCCUUAUAUUGUCUGAAAUGUUGUCCUUUUCUAAAGAAAAGCUUGAGAACAGCAUGAGCUCAGUUAAUACAGGAGAGACUUUUUGCUGGGAGAAGAAAAAGUACACCAGUUGCAUCAUGUAUUGAACAUUAUUUCCCCAAAGAACAGAUAUCACAACUUUAUUUUCAAAUUACUGCAUAUUAACCCAAAUUGCAUUAUUGUAUGUGGUUCUAAUCCCAAAUAAUGCAGGGUUUGGUGGCAAUAAUUAAAUAGCUGCAAACUGUAUCUGUUAACCUUUUGCAUAAAUCAUAAUGUAUGUAGUUGCUGUGCCUUUGCUGUUUAGUCACCUACACUCCAGAUUUCCACUAUAUAUUGUGUUUGAACUCUCAGCCAUGGCAGAAAACAUGGACUUCUAAAAAUUAGGAUGGCAUGUAGACCAUGUAAAGUUUUGCACAAUCGUAGCAGGAGCUUCAAGAAACACAUUUCAGUGGGCAGUCCAUUGAAUAUAUUAGCAAAACCUCUAAACAUGAAGACACAGCUUGUUGAAAACAAGGAACACCACUACUUCCUUUUGCACUGUUUUGCAUCCACAAAUUUUGAAUUCACGUGAGAAGUUUAUGAAGCUCUCAAAAUGAUUGUACAGUGUUCAGGCUUUAUAUAUCUGAAAUCUUUGCCUUGAAAACUGCAUGGUAUUUUUUUAAAAAACAAACACACAACUGUUUGACAGUUGAAUUACUGCAAGAAUAUGAAACUGGCUUGGAUUUGUAAAAUGGCUUAUUCAUAGGAACAUAUUUUAUAUAUAUUGGCUGCUGUACAGUGGUUGAUCUCAUAUCCAGAGUUUUCCUUUUAAACAUAUGUUUUUCAUGAUCUGUUAAGGAGAAGAGAUUAACCUGGCUGUCAUUUAACACUGAACAGCAUUUUACACAAAUCUGUCAGAUCCUAGGACUUUGUCUCUCCAGCUGCAAUUCCUUACUAAAUUUCCAAGCUUUUUAGAAUAAUGGGGAUUCCUAAUUUUACGUUGUCGCACCACGGCAUUCCAAAGCUCCCUACUGGUUACAGUCCUUGAGUCUGCACAUUGCCCAGAACAGGUUUGGAAAAUACAUGGGCAGUUAAGAAGAGAUAUUGGUUAAAUGUUUGAAGUGAGGAAAGUUCAAAGCUGUGCAACUGACAAAUGUGCAUGAAAAAUGCAUUUCAGUUUUUUAUGUGCAGUUUGCCGUACUGUACUGCAGUAGUAUGUUAUUUGGCUGUUCACUGUUUGUAAUUACUUUCUGAUCAAUGUUACAAUCUGUAUUUGAAACUGGGUGUAUUUCGGAUCUAGUUGGAUGUUCCUGAAAUUGGAUUUGUACUUUUGCAAGGGACAAUAAAUACCAGGAGAUAA